UCAUCAGAGUCGAUAAAGCAGUCCAACCGUCAGCAGUGUCAAUCGCCCCAAAAGUGCCCCUCUGUACCCCCCCAAAAAAAAAAGCCGUGACACCCCAAAAUUGUCCCCACCUCCCAGUAGAAGCCAGGACCCCGUGGCCGCCAAAAAAAAUCCAAAAUCGGGUCACUGGUCCCAGCAGACCCGUCCUAACCUCCAAAAUCUGACACGAAGUCUUGCUCACAGGGAAAUUCAUUUGACAUUGAAGGGGAAAAAAAGGAAAAGAAAAAAAAAUGGGAAAAACCUGUCAAAGUCAAUGAAGAAUCGUGACAAGGUCAUCAUCAGGAGUUGUAUUAUCCCAGGGACGGGGGAUAAAUCUCAGGUUGAGUCUGGAUAUUAAAUUGAUUCGUUGGUUGACCCAGAGGUGUAUGUGACCUAGUGAUACGUAAAAAUGUCGUCUAGUUCGAGGAAGUGAGGUGACAGGUGGGGGUGGGUGGCGGCGGGGGGGUUGGGGUAAUCGGUGGGAAAAGGAGAAGUGAAGGAGUUAGAGCCGUUGAAAACAUGUCAGGACGGAUCAGUCGUGCGCAGGCUGCGAGCGUCGUUGUGUCAACUAUCGAAUGCGCAAUAUGUGGUUGUACAGAUAAAUUACUCAGAUGUUCACGUUGUAAAAGUGUUGUUUACUGCAACAAAGAGCACCAGAAGUUGGAUUGGAAGAGACAUCGAGUUCACUGUAGAAAGAGCAUUGAUUAUGAGGAUCAUUCUUCUUCCUGCUUCAGUGGUGGACUUUCUAACCUAAGUCAUAACAUUGAAGAGAUCGAGAGGAUACAGGAGAGCACCAGGAAGCACCAGAAAACCAAUCUAGCCAAAAACCGAUCGAACUCAACCCCGAACGAAUUCUCCAUUGAAACAACAACCACAACAACUGGAAAAAGUAAAAAAAGCGGCUGGACAUCGCCGAUACUCUUCGAGGGAAGUGCAGAGGACACAAUUCUUGGUGCAAGAGCAGAGUCUCUGAACCCAACACUUGGGCCCAGUGACUCAGAAGAAAUAUUUACAGACAAUUCUCAUCAUCAGAACGGAAUGAAAACGUUUCCCGAAGUGUCACUGAGUCGUGACGAUGAUUUUCUACCACCGUUUCUCCAUAGGAAUAGAAAUAAUUUCGAGGAAUUCAUAAUCGAUGACAUAUGCAGAAAUGUUAUAAGGGAUAUGAAUAAAUACGGUGUUUGUGUUGUUGAUGAUUUUCUUGGGGCUGACAAGUGUUUGACAGUGCUCGAUGAAGUGUUGAAUAUGUACAGUGCUGGUGUGUUCAAGGAUGGUCAACUCGUGUCUAAUAAAGCUGGUGCUAAAGAUUUGAAGACAAUCAGGGGAGAUCAGAUCACGUGGCUCGAUGGAAAGGAGAAACAGUGUCCCAACAUUGGGAUGCUCAUAUCUCAGGUCGAUGCCAUUGUCAUGAGGGCCAAUAAGAUGGAUGACAAUGGGAAAAUGGGAAAUUACAAUAUCAAUGGCAGGACGAAGGCUAUGGUCGCCUGCUAUCCGGGAUAUGGCUCUCAUUAUGUUAAACAUGUGGAUAAUCCGAAUCGCGAUGGAAGAUGCAUCACCGCUAUUUACUACCUCAACAAAGAUUGGGACAUUAAGAAAAACGGUGGACUCUUGAGGAUAUUUCCAGAGGGCUGGAGAGAUCAGGUAGCCGACAUUCAGCCCCUCUUCGACAGGCUGUUGUUCUUCUGGUCUGACAGGAGAAAUCCUCACGAGGUCCAGCCCGCCUACAAGACGAGAUAUGCCAUCACCCUUUGGUAUUUCGAUGCUGAGGAGAGAAGUCAAGCUUGCAGGAGAUAUCAGAGAGAAAGAGAAGUUUCAAAAUCAUGAAAUGCAGUUUCACCUGAAAAAAAUCAUAACGUCAUCCACUUUUACCUUCCUCCCCCGACAAGAGGCAGGAUAUUUGUAAAUAGAUAAUUAAUUAAACAGAGCACUGGUACAUAAAUGUCACGUAUUAAUUAUGUAUUCGAUCGAAGACUCUGAGAAAUAAGUGCAAUGUUGAAGAAAAAAAAAAUCCCCCAGUGUUGAUCGCCGCUCUUCCUUGAUUAACUUCCCCCAGGGAUUGAAAUUAACGAGUGUUCGGCCAGUAGGUUGAUAAUUCUUCACAUUUUUACGCUAUUAUUUAAUUGUUGACGAGAAGAAUUGAUAAAUUGUGGAGGAAAAUCGACGAGUUCAUUGAUUAAUCGAUUGAAUUGCUCUAGUAGUUUGAAUUUUGGGGAGAGAUAAUAUUUUGCGAGUGAUUAGAAGCCAGGGAUUCAUUAAACACUGGAGAUAAUGUUUUUCUGAUUAGAAUUCAUUAAUUCUGUGGGGAUUGGUUCUGUUUAAUUGCAAAAUAAUGCACUUUUUGGGUCCCAAAAUAAAUUGUCGAUUAGUCAUCAACUUAAACAACUUGUCGAUUAGUCAUCGAGAGCCACAGACUGACGUGAAUCGAGUGGAAUGCGAGCUUCUCAUUUUGUACAUUGAGGUAAAAAAAAAAAUUGAUCCAAUGAGAGAAAUAAAAAUCAAAUUCACCUCUAAUUAAUUAUUGUACGAAUACGUUUUGUAUUUUUCAGCACUCUUAUUUCCCCCUUCACCUCUCAGACACAAUUUUUCAUGCUGAGAGUAUCUCAGUAUCGAGUUUAAUACGAUUGUUUAAAUUAUUAAUUGAUUAUAAGUUUUCUUGGAUUUUUAAUUCAAUUUGUGAGAGAUCAGCUAUUAUAUUAAUUCAAUUUAUUAUAGUGUUGUUAAUUACUUAAGUUAUGGGAGGAAUGUGCUCCUCGUCAGAGUAUUGUAAAACUGAACAUAGAACAGAUUUUAUUACGAGCGAUUGAAUAAAUACUGUACAGAGAA